UAGGAACAGUUCAAAAAUGAGUCCACCACAAGAUAGAAGUAGAAAUUCCUGCACAAGUGAGCCUCUGGCAAAGUGCCUUCAAGCAAAGAAGGACUUGGAAACAGCUAUAUCUGGAAUUGUCAAAGCUGAACAACAAAUUAAAGAGAACUGGCAAGAGGUAAAAGCCAAGAUUCACAGCCACAUAAGCCGCCACCUGGAAUGCCUGCGCAGCCGCGAAGUGUGGCUGGUUGAGCAGGUGGAUCUCAUUCAGCAGCUGAAGGAGGAGGCGCUGCAGCAGCAGGCACAGCAGCUCUAUUGGUACCUGGGACAAUUCAAUUGCCUUAUUCAUCAGCUGGAACGCUCCUAUAGUAACGAACUGGCAAAACAGAUUUCAGUUUGCCUGGAGAGACUGGGAAGUCUUACCCUUAAACCAGAGGAGUCUUCCAUCCUGAAUUUUGAGGCUGACACAUCUUACCUUCGCCAGGCUAUUACCUCAUUUGGUUCAAUUAAAACGAUGCAAACCUCAGAGAGAGAGAAUACUUCUCCCUGGUUCCCAGGGCAGAGUUGUGCCCUAAUAAACUGUGAGCAGCAGAAAACAUUGUGUGGGACAGUGAGUGCCUCGCUUGCUGACUGGUUACUUGGAAGCAGACCUGUGGGUGCUUGCCAGGCUCCAUAUAUUCCCAGCACCAAUCUUGAAGAAUGGGUUACGCAAAAAUGUGUGUCGGAGCCCAGCCAGGAUUUAAAUUCUGCCAAAGUGUGUUAUUUUGAGCAAGCCUGGGGAAAUCUGAAAGAUUUGGAAAACUGGCUCCUGCAGAAUCAACAGCGUGAUGUUGCUGGGAAGGUAGACGCCCUGGGACGCAAGGACUCCACCUCUACUUUCAACUCUUCCGCUGUUGAGAAGGUGGAGGAAUUGAAAUCCCUUGGACAAGAAGAGAUGGACCUUUCUGACUGGCUGCUUACUCCUGACCCAGCAAAUGGAAGUAGUGCUUCAGAUGAGAAAUGCAAGUAUGAAUUCAAACCUUUUAGGGAAGAAUUUAAUUCGAAUGAUUGGCUCCUCAAAGCUGAAACAUGUACCAGUUGUUGCGGCAGCCAGAUCAAAAGUGUGGAAAUUGAGAACCUGGGAAAUCUGAAGUGCCUGAAUGAGCAUCUUGAUGGAAAGAAAUCACCCACUACAUAUCCUGUAAAUGCUUGGCUGCUUCAGCAUCCCCAGGCCCCAUUUAAGGUGGAAGAAGUGUGCAAAGCUAACGAGCUGUGUGCCAGCUUUUCAGAGUGUGUGUGUGAUGAAAACUGUGGAAAAGAGGCUCUGUGUAAAUGGCUUCUGAAGAAAGAAGGGAAGGAUAAAAAUGGAGUUGCAGUCAGCCAGAAAGAAGUAGCAAGUGCUGAGCAUGAGAAGACCAAGUCUGCUGCCAGUACCUGGCUUAACCUUGCACAGCAGCUCACAGGGGAACCCGUUAGCGCAGAGAAAGCGGAUUAUUCCGCAGAGAUCGCGGAACCCCUAAAAGUGUUGCUCGAAAGGCCUCUGACAAGCUGGCUGGCCAAGUCUGAGCACAACACAGAAAGCGCAGAAGAAAAGGCGAGCAGGGAAAAAGCAGAUAAUAAUUUCAAGAGUCCUUUCCUAGACCUCUUGGCUCCAUUCCACCUGCCCUUGAACGUAAACAGUUGGGUGUUGACUUCGAACAACCUAGGAAACGCUAACCAGCCUCCAGCGGAAGAUAAGUGGCUUCUACGCAAGAAAGCACAAGACUUUGGCCUUCCUACAGUUUGUGACCUUUUUGCCUGUAUGAAACUCAGUGGAGAUAAAGAAAAAUGGCUGUAUCGGACUCCUUUACAGAUGUGAAGAACUGGAAGCAUCCAAGUCGUCCCCCUCCCGCUGAUCAAUCGCACAUCACGCUGAGUGACUGCAGACAGCUGAAUUCUUGUGUUUGUGUUUGGCCAUCUGCUUUUUCUUCUAAAAUUAUAACAAAAA